AUGUUGUCUUCGCGAGGAUCUCUUCUCGCUUGGGGCCUCUGGAGCCUCGUGCUCCUGUUCGCCAUCGGCUGCGUUGGUGUCGCUGGAGAAGUGGAAGCAGCUGAAGUCGCCGAGGUGGACGUGGACGAUGACGUGGGCAGGGACGUCGUGGAAAUCGUCGAGGCGCGCGGAUACUCAGUCGAGACGCACAAAGUGACCACUGCAGAUGACUACAUCCUCACCAUGUACCGAUUGCCAAAGACGUACGCUAAGAGCCAAUCCAAGGCUAAAGUUUCUGCCAAGAAGCCCGUCGUGCUGCUGCAGCACGUCACGUGCACGAAGCAGCUAGUGUACGUGAUGACCAUCGUCAAAAUGCAACGAGCGACGCGCAGCAACUGUAGCCAAGGCUCUGAGUGCCAGGAUGCUUCCAAGGACCAACAGAGCUUCAAGGAGAGACGACCCAGCAGCAAGGACUACAACAGGAACAGGAUCGAGGACGGACGACGCAAAGAGGCGAGCAGCAGUCAAGACGGCGGCGGCGACGGGGUGAACAAGCGGAGGAAGAGUCGAAGAGAGCAUGACAUCGAGGAUAGCACACAAGGGGAGCGAGGUAACGCUGGAAACUCACCGACGUGCCACCUCACCCAAGGCAACGACCAAGACCGACGAUUAGCCAAGCCGCCGAGGACCCCGGCGCUGCAGAGCCGCGGACUCGGACAAGGUGCGGACGGUAGCUGCAGAAGGGCAGAUCGCUUACUCUACGACGUCUGGCUCGGCAACAACCGCGGCACGACGUGGUCCAGGGAGCAUUUGACAUAUACGGACGACGACGACGAGUUCUGGGAGUUCUCGUGGGAAGACAUGGGCAAGUACGACCUCCCGGCGGAAAUCAACUACGUGCUCAACAGGACGCGAAGCUCAACUCUAAGCUAUGUCGGACACUCUGAGGGAACCACACAGGCGUUUGUGGGCUUCUCCACUGACCAGGAGCUCGCGAAAAAGGUGUCGUACUUCGCAGCGCUCGCCCCCGUGGCUUGGACUGGUCACCUCACAGCGGGCGUGUUCAAGACUAUGGCCAAGAAGCUGUGCAGCACCACGAUCUCUCUCGUCGCCGGCCCAUCCGUCAGUACCAACACAUCACGGAUACCCGUGUACAUUUCACAGACGCCGGCGGGUACAUCCGUGAAGAACAUGGCGCACUAUGCGCAGAGCAUUCGUGACAACACGUUCGCAUCCUACGACUACGGCUGUAAGUGCGACCGGGACUCGGAUAUUGACGAGUGCAAGGAGUCCAAGUGCAAAAACAAAAAGGUGUACGGCAGCUUCGACCCGCCCGCCUUCCCGAUCGGCAAGAUGGUGUACCCCCGCACUGGUUUCUAUAUUGGAUCGGCGGACACCAUCGCCACGGCGACAGACAUCGAGCAGCUCCGCAAGGCGCUUCCGUCCGGAACGAUCAUGCACGAACGUGCAGUCAAGGAAUACAGCCACCUGGACCUGACGUGGGCAUAUAACGCGAACGAGAAAAUGUACCAGGACCUGCUGAAGCAGCUCAAGAAGUACCAGGGAGUGGGGUACACAGGAGAUGCCGGCGCAUCGAGCUUAAGCAACUCCUUGGAUGGCUCCUCUGGCUCCGCCAGCGUCGGAGCGGAAGCCAGGACCUCGUUUUCUUUUCGCCAACUAGAUUAG